CAAAUUUUACUAAUAUAAAGAUUAGAAAAAGACAGAAAAUAUCCCCUAUUUGUUUAUACGAACAAGCAAACAAUGGAGCUUCAACUGAAUUUGAACGGAAGUCAUUCAAUGGCGGAAAAUCCUAGCCUUCAAAUUUUCCAUAUUCAGACAACCAAUUUCAGCGAGGACGAGCUCGAACAGGAGGAUCCCACAAGCUCCUUUUCUGCUUCUAAUCCCACCUUCUUUAUUCCCUCAUUUGAUGAUUUUGACCCGGGAUCCGAUUCAGAUUCCGAAUCCGUUGAUACGGAGUCCAACCGCUCCGACUUGAUCGCAAACCCUAAUUCCUUCUUCUAUGGCAAUGAAGACCAAAUAGACCUUGUAACCGAUUUGUUCAACACCCGAAACGACGACGUUACGGAUCAUUCCCAUGUCGUUCACAGCAAUUUCAAUGAUAGGGUUUUGCCAGACGGUGAAGAAGUAGAGUCUGGGUCUGAAUUUGAUGGGCUUCGGGUCGUUGGGGUGGACUCCGAGUCCGAUUCAGAAGAUAUGGAGGUAAUUUCGGGGGUUAUUCACCAAACUGGUGAUUUGAGUGCGCCGGAUUUAUGGAGCUGUUUUCGGGUUGAUGAUGAGGGGGAUUUGGAUGAAGAUUUCGUGUGGGAAGAAGUUGAGAGGGUUGAAGGGAGGGGGGAGAAUAUGAGUUAUCUGAUUGGUCGAAUGGAAGAAAUUUCAGUUCCUUCUGAUUUCUCUUCUGAAGGAGGAGGUUCGGAUUUGGGUGAAGAUGGAGAAGAGGAGCAGGUGAGGAAUUUAGAAUGGGAAUUUCUGGUGGCGGUUAAUAAUCUCGAAAGGAGCCUUGAAUUUCACAAUGCUGUUAUAAUUCAAGAUGAUGGUGUGUUUGAUACUGUUGAUUUUGUUGGGAGCGAAGAGGGGUUAAAGGGUAGUCCACCAGCAGCUAAAUCUGUAUUGGAAAAUCUUCCUUUGGUGGUCGUGAGUGGUGAAGAUUUGAAAGGAAGCAAUGUAGCUUGUGCAAUUUGCAAAGAUGAGAUUUUGUUGACGGAGAAGGUGACUAGGUUGCCUUGUUCUCACUAUUACCAUUGUGAUUGUAUCGUACCUUGGCUAAAUAUCCGUAAUACAUGUCCUGUUUGUCGCCACGAGUUGCCCACAGAUGAUGCUGAUUAUGAGAGGAAAAAUGAGAGGAGAGCUGGUCCUGCACUUGUGAAUGAUUUUCAGGUUAUCUGUAGUGAGGCAGGCCUCCUUUGUCACAAUCCAAGAAAAAUCACAUCACUUUAUGACGAGCUCUUAACUUCCACAUUUGUUUCCAUCCAUUUUUCUCCUUGUGUACCAGUGUCCACCAUCAUAAAAAAGAAAUAGCAAAGUUCAACGGAUCCUUUAGUCUGAAUUCCCUUUUGGGAAGGAAAGAAGCUCUCAUGGCUCCUUUAAUAAGAUUUCAUCCAGUCAAACCAUCUUCUUUAGAUCAAAUGCCUUUUCUAAAUUCAAUUUUUGAAGACCUGCAUUUGUAAUCUUACUUGACCAUUGGCCAACCUUAGGGAAGAAAAGGAGCCUCAUCGAUGAAAGUAAUUAAUAGUGUCAUUCGCAUUCAACUGCCAAUCAGAUAGUGCUUGUUGGGUGACUGGUGAAUGAAUUUUUGCCUGUAAAUUUGCAAUUUUCAAUCUGUACGUAGCUGAUUCCUUCACUUCCUUGUUCAAAUAUAUUUUGAGUUUACCUAGCCAAAGUUGAAUUACCUAAAGUAGCCGUACUAGUUUUCUGUCAAAUCUAAUUCAUUCGAGAAUCUAAUAUGAUAUUUUGUUCUCGAAGUUAUGUAUGGGCUCUCCCAGUUAAAUCAUCAAUCUUUUUUGUAAAUAUUUAAACUGCUCUCUGAUACAAAUUAGUUUAUUGAUCAAUGUAUAAAAUGAUUUGUAAUUACAAAUGAAGAGUAUAGAGAAGCUUUACGCAGAAAUAUGUAACCAUGCGGAUAAUUCUAAUAUAUGCCGAAUUGUUGGUUUAACUUCUUUAUCAUUUAAAUUAUAUGAUUCGGAUGUUGACAAAAGGGAAAGAAGAAGAAAAGUUGUAUGAACUAAAAGUUUA